AAGCGAGCGGGGCUGCGGCGCGGGUGCGGGGUGCGGCGGUCCGCGGGGCAGGCCCCCGCGCUUUAAAAGAAUGCCCGCGGCGCCCGCGCGACCAUGCAAUGGCGAGCGCUCGUCCUGGGGCUGGUGCUCCUGCGGCUCGGCCUCCACGGAGUGCUGUGGCUCGUCUUCGGGCUGGGGCCCAGCAUGGGCUUCUACCAGCGGUUUCCGCUCAGCUUCGGCUUCCAGCGCCUGAGGGCCCCCGACGGCCCCGCGUCGCCCGCCCUGGGGCCCGCCGGCCGGCCCGGGACGCCCGGGGGCCCGUCGGGGCCGUCGUGGCUGCAGCCUCCGGGCCCCGGGGCGGCGGCAGCGGCGGCGGCGGCGGCGGCGGGGCGGCGGCGGGGGCGGCGGCCGGAGCCGGCGGUGUGCGGCCCGGCGCACUGGGGCUACGUGCUGGGCAGCCGCGGCCGCGGCCCGGACGAGUACGAGCGGCGCUACAGCGGCGCCUUCCCGCCGCAGCUGCGCGCCCAGAUGCGCGACCUGGCGCGGGGCAUGUUCGUCUUCGGCUACGACAACUACAUGGCGCACGCCUUCCCCCAGGACGAGCUCAACCCCAUCCACUGCCGCGGCCGGGGGCCUGACCGCGGGGACCCUUCAAAUCUGAACAUCAAUGAUGUCCUAGGGAAUUAUUCAUUGACUCUUGUUGAUGCGUUGGAUACUCUUGCAAUAAUGGGAAAUUCAUCUGAGUUCCAGAAAGCAGUCAAGUUAGUGAUCAACACAGUUUCAUUUGACAAAGAUUCCACCGUCCAAGUCUUUGAGGCCACAAUAAGGGUCCUAGGAAGCCUCCUUUCUGCCCACAGAAUAAUAACUGACUCCAAGCAGCCCUUUGGUGACAUGACAAUUAAGGAUUAUGAUAACGAAUUGUUGCACAUGGCUCACGAUCUGGCUGUGCGCCUCCUCCCUGCCUUUGAAAACACCAAGACAGGGAUCCCCUAUCCUCGGGUGAAUCUAAAGACAGGUGUUCCUCCUGACAGCAAUAAUGAGACGUGCACAGCAGGAGCUGGUUCCCUCCUGGUGGAAUUUGGGAUCCUGAGCCGACUUCUAGGGGACUCUACAUUUGAGUGGGUGGCCAGACGUGCUGUGAAAGCCCUUUGGAACCUGCGGAGCAAUGAUACGGGAUUAUUAGGCAACGUGGUGAACAUUCAGACAGGCCGCUGGGUUGGCAAGCAGAGUGGCUUGGGCGCCGGCCUGGACUCCUUCUAUGAAUACCUCUUGAAAUCUUACAUUCUCUUUGGAGAAAAGGAAGACCUAGAAAUGUUUAAUGCAGCAUACCGAAGUAUUCAGAACUACCUGAGAAGAGGUCGGGAAGCCUGUAACGAAGGAGAAGGAGACCCCCCGCUGUAUGUCAAUGUGAACAUGUUCAGUGGGCAGCUGAUGAACACUUGGAUCGACUCUCUGCAGGCCUUCUUCCCCGGGCUGCAGGUUCUGAUAGGAGAUGUGGAAGAUGCCAUCUGCCUCCAUGCCUUUUACUACGCCAUCUGGAAACGCUACGGGGCCCUCCCUGAGAGGUAUAACUGGCAGCUCCAGGCCCCCGAUGUGCUCUUCUACCCGCUGAGACCAGAGCUAGUGGAGUCUACGUAUCUCCUCUACCAGGCAACCAAGAAUCCCUUCUACCUCCAUGUAGGAAUGGAUAUUCUGCAGAGUCUGGAAAAGUACACAAAAGUCAAGUGUGGGUAUGCUACAUUGCAUCAUGUCAUAGACAAAUCCAAAGAGGACCGGAUGGAGAGCUUCUUUCUCAGUGAGACCUGUAAAUACUUGUAUCUGCUAUUUGAUGAGGAGAAUCCAGUCCACAAAUCUGGAACCAAAUACAUGUUUACAACCGAGGGACACAUUGUAUCUGUGGACAAACAUCUUCGGGAAUCUCCCUGGAAGGAAUUCUUUUCUGAAGAGGGAGGGCAGGACCCAGAGGGGAAGUCUGUGCACAGGCCUAAAUCACCCGAGAUAAAAGUCAUCAACUCCAGCUCCAAUUGCAAUCGUGUUCCUGACGAGAGGAGAUACUCCCUGCCCUUAAAGAGCAUCUAUAUGCGACAGAUUGACCAGAUGGUUGGCUUGAUUUGAUCUACUCUCCUCUGUGUGGCCUCAUCUGAUACAGGAUGUAAACAGCUGAACCCGCGCCGUGCAGAGAUCCAGUCUGAGACAGAAGAGGAUGGAAGUCUGGCCAUCUGCAAUGAUGUAGGAAUUUCUGUCCCACUCCUCACACACACCUAACAGAAUCUUGCAUAUAUUAGUGUUUCUUUUCUGUUCAAUAAAAUGCCCUGUUUUUCUUAAGGAUAUAAUUUAAAGUAAGAAGGUACAUAGAGAUUGGCUUCUUAUGACAUGCUGGUUUUAUAAGCACAGUGUGGAUGAGGCAUCUUUGAGUGGAUCUUCAUAGCUUCACACUUUGGAAUCCAACCAGUGUGUUCCUGUCUCCGGCACUUGCUGUGACUGCAGUAUUGCUACCUCUCUGUUAGAGGACUGUGAACGAAAUUUCUGUGCGAAGGGCCUGAGGUUCAUCCCUAUUUAUUGCAUUUUGUUUUCCUUUCUCUCUCUCAUUAAACAAUUGGCUCUCCCUCCA